AUGAGGAGACAAAGCAGUGAACCAGCUGUUCUUCACUCCUCCAUUGCUCUCCUGCAAGAAAGAUUCAGACAACUUCAAAGAGUAAAAGAAAAGAGGGAAGAGAGAGAGCAAAUAAGAGCCAUCAAUGAACAUCUUCAUCUUCAACAACAACAGCCAAAGUGGUUCGUUCACCCUGAGCUUCUGCAUCCUUCAAGUCAUCUAAGAAAUAGUUCUUCUUUUCUCCUUGGUGAAAGUAAGGACUUCAAUGAGUUUCAGAGCUUGGAAGCUUCCCUGUCAUUGCGCUCAUGGCCUCCUGCUUCGGUUAUUCAGAGCUCUAAUGGCUUCAACGAAGAAGUUGACACUUCUCUUCAUCUGUAG